UCCGUGUGUUCAGGCCUCGCUAGCUGAGACUAUUUAAAACCACUUCCUUCGUGUUCAGUGGAUUAGCAAAUGCAUCUUAGAAAAGGUGCAAGUCAGUAAUAAGAUGACGUUACGUCCUGUCCGGCUGUCGUUCCUGUGAGAGAAUUUGAUAAACAUAGAUUGUAGAUACGGGUUUUAAUAUCCGCUAGUUGCUGCUGAAUGUGUGGUGUGCUGCUACUGUUGACAGUAGUUAAGUGGUGUUAGUAACACAGUUUAAUCUCAGUCCGUAAUGAAGAGGAGCCAGUGGUGACACGGGGCAGGAUGCAGCGGGGAUGGACGUUUGGACGCCGUUUCUAAUGCCUAGUAAGAAUGUCUUGAUAAUCCCUGCCCCCUGUUAGAUCCCACACUAAGCUUAGCUUGAAGGUUCUGGGAUGGAUCUUAACAACACAGAACUACUGAAAGCUCCUGGUAGAGAGCCUGAUCUGACAGCAGACCAGGAGAAUGCUGAGUCAUUCUGUCCAGAGAAAGAUCAGAAGGGAUGCAGUUCCUGCAUGGUGAUGGAGGACCUGGCCACUAAUGGUUCCUGGUCACAGAGGUCCAUCUCCCGUUCCUUGCAGAGAGCGGAGACUUUACUCAGAAGCACCUUUAAUCCCAGUCUGAAGUGGCUGUUCCAUGGCCGCAGUCAAGAUGAGGAAGAGGUAGAGGGGAAUUUUGUAAUCGCCAACAAUCUGGUUUCCCGCUCCUCUGCACGUCUCCUGCGUCUGCAACAAGCUCUUCUGACUGUGGUAGCUCAGUGGCAGCCGAUUGGCAGCACACAGAUGGGUGCUCCCCAGGUCUGUGUUAAAGGCCUCCCAGCAGAGGGUGCUGUUCUCCUCCUGCCCUCCUCCUCCUCCUUGCAGGGACACUAUACAGCUCUAUGGAGGCUCCUGGAGCAGCGAUCCUUGCUGCUCUUCAUACAUGAAUACACCAGGAGGGUUCGCCUAACAGCAGCAUAUGUAUCCAGAGUGAGAGACCUGCUGGAGGAUCAGAUGAAGAAAUCAAAUCACACACUUAAUAAGACUCCGUCCAGCUGGUCUUCCAUUCGGUUUGGUCUUGGUUCACUAAGUCAGGAGCUCCGGGUCCAUCUCAACCACUGGUCUUGUCUGUUCUCCAGAGUCCAGUCUGACAACUAUCUGAGAUCUGCUCUGAUCCAGCACACCGGGCUCCUGGUGGAAAUCAAACACACUCUGGAACUUCUUGGCCUACAGGCACUGGUUUUAAUGGAACAUUAUAUUUAUGUCAUUCUGUCUGCUAUAGCACAGACUGAAUUAGAUUCUGUACCAAGAGAGGUCCUGGAGGAUAUAUUAGCUGGUACAGACCUGUUUAACCAGGCAGUGGGAGAGCAAAGAUCACAGCACAGUGGUACCCAGCUGAGGACUUCAGUGUUACAGCAGGCACAUUAUUCUACACUGGAUUUUAGUCUUCCAAAUGCCAAAGGGCAUCACCCAGCUGCCUUCUCAGUGAAAGAGCUGAUGACAAUUUUAGCAGUGCAUCAAGCAAACAUGGCCGCCAAUCAACUGCACUGCUGGGCCUCUGAGCAGAGCUGUCACAUCUGCCAGGUCCACGCCAACCACAAGCCUUCCAGGUGCUCUGAAAACUCUGUAAGUCAGGGGACCAGUCUCAGCUAUGAGACCACUACACCGAGACCUGAGUGUACCUGGGAGCAGCUGCAGCAUAUCUACCUUAUUUCCUCUCCUCUACUGUUUAGUAAUCACCACGCCUGCUUACAGUCAUCCUCUCGUCACAGCUGCAAUAUAAAUCCUCCUGUUUACAUCUCUGACCUUCAUUUGGAAAGUACUGUCUUUGAAAACAACCGUUCUCUAUUAGCCAAGCCCACCUCUAUUCAGCACAGAGCAGAGGGCUCUGAUAAAGACCAAACCAGCCAGUGCCCAACAUGCAUAUCCCACACUGGUCUAGCCCAGUCUAGUGUGGAAGCUUUGCACUCAGCCCAACCAAAUCUAGAAAGACAAACCAGUUUCGACAACUAUAAACUCUUGCAGACCAUUUCACCCCCUUCAACCACAUUCCACCAACGCUCAGCCCUGCCUGGGGUAUGCCAACAGGACCAUUCCUCACUCAAGCUACUUUUUCAGGUGUUAGUUUCCUCCAGUGACCUGCUCGCUUCACUAGUUUCACACUCACCAACUGAACAGCUACUCCCGAAUACAAUUACAGAAGUGUUAUCAUCAAAUGGAGUGACAAAUAUGAUGAUUAUAACGGCUCCAAUCAUAAAUGCAGCUGAUUCAGUGGAAUGUAAUAGUCUGAGAUCAGAACUGAACAAGGAGCAAAACAUGGAAGUAACUCCGCAGGAAUGGGCUGAUCUGGAAAUGACAAGCAGGCAAGAAACUUCUGUCAGCUCAGGUUUUGGAAAGGAUGGAAGCCCAGAGAAGGAGGAGACUGUGGAAACAAAGGGGACAAUGGAGCCAGAUUGUCUUCGCUGGCCUCACUCGGUACAGUGGUUGGACCUCGGUCAGUCGCUGGUGUUUGCUGAUCUUUUUGGACAGUACCGCACCCUGCUGUGGACUCUCUGCGGCAAAGCCUUGUCGCUGCAACUGCAUGUGCCACUGGCAGGAAACACUGCAGGAAGUAUUAACCUCCAAGACAAACACAUGAGAUUCAAAAUCCUGCACAGGAUCAGUCAAGCUUCACAGACCGACCAGUUUCCUAAGGAGUGCAGAACCAUGCUGGAGGAUUUCAGUCUCUAUCUGUUUGUCAUCACAGCGCAUGCUCAGUGGGAUCAUGUGGUGUGCAGAAGUUUAGGUUCAGCUCUGAAAGACAAGUGUCUGGCAGAUGUGACUCAGGGCAGUAACUCUGGAAAUGUGAUGAUGACACUGACCAUGGAGGACUUGCUACUGCUACCCCCUCCUCUCCUGUCAUCUCUGUGCUGCUUUCACUCAAACAGAAUGGCAUCAGGUUCUUUCAGCCUCUUCCCCUCCAGGCCCUCUCUACAGAGACAAACUGUCAGCUUGGUGUUGGCCACAGUGCAACUGUCUACGAUCUGGGUGGUGUCCAAGGCUUACCAGUUCCUCUCCUCUUGGAGCCUCAACAAGUUCCUGCUUAUAACGCAGGGAGACCUGAAAGUGCUGAGGGGGUCAUUAGAGACGAUGGUGCAUCAGACUAAAGCUUUGAUGAUUAAUUCAAACAGUAACCAAAACUCCAUUCUCCAGAACCACAACCAGCGUCUGUUAAGGCAGCAGUUGAAUGCACUGGACAGGGCUAUGUCCGAGCUGCAGACCUUCUCUGCUCUGGUGCUGAAGACUUUCUCCAGUCACUGCAAGAGGAUGUCAGGGGAGAUCUUUGAACAGACCAUGCCUUCUGAUGUACACUGGAGACCAAACCUCAGGACAGGUUUUCCCAGCAGUCCCAGUGAGUAUGCAUCUCUGGCAACACAGACUGUGAUUGGUCAGGUUUUAGAGGGUGUGGCACCAUUGUCUGAUGAUGCCCGUGUCCAAACUCUGAGUAUUACAAUGACAGCUUUCAUGGAGGCAUGGAUGGAACACAUCUUGAAACAAAAGAUCAAAUUCAGGCCCAAAUGCACUGAAAGCAUUGAUUGGUUCAUUGAUGCGCAUCAGUUGAUGCUCCUUUGGUGCCCUGCCGGCAUGACAUUUAUAAGACGAGACCACAGAACCAGCAGUAUUCUAUAUGUUGGCAGAGACAAUGUGCAAGGAGCUCUCCAGCUGAAACAGGACUUUGAUUCUAUCAGAGAGUUGAUCCAGUCAGAGAAAUUCGGUCUGUCGGCUGAACUUCACCAACAACUGCUCAGCCUCCGGGUUUUUCAGCAAGUGGACUCAGCGGUGGUGUGUCUGCUCCAGCAGCCACAGGCCAAACCCUACCUGCAGCCCAGAGCCUGGGAGCCUUUCAAACGCUGCUGUCCAACCAACAGCAGCAGAGACAGCAUUGAUGGCGCAGUGGGAAGCAGUAUAACCAAUCUGAGGUGCAUGGAGGGCAGAGACCUGACUCAGUCUGAUCCCUCAGUUGUGACCACUGACCUCCCUCCAGUGAACCCAUCCACCCCUGGAGAGCCCUACCUUGCUCCAAGUCUAGCUCUGGGUGUUGCUCAGCAGGAAUGGUUGGACCUGAGGAUUCAUAGCAGUGCCCGUCGCUGGAGGCUGCCAGGACUGCAGUGUCUUUCUAAGUCUGAGCCCUGAACACACAGACCCUGCAGAGAUCUGACACAGACACUCAUGUCACAUGAAUCUCUCUGGCCCUUCUACAGGUGCAUCUCAAUAAAUUAGAAUAUCAUGGAAAAGUGUAUUUAUGUCAGUAAUUCAAUUCAAAAAGUUGAAAUAACAUUUCAUGUCUUCAUUUCUUUAAUGUCUUCUAAAUAUAAUGACUAUGUCUUACAUUUAAUGAAGACCUAAAAUUCUGUGUCUCAAAAAAAAUGUAAUAUUAUAAAAGACCAAUUCUAAAAAGUAUGUCUAAUAUGGAAAUGUUGGCCUCUGAAAAGUAUGUCCAUAUAUAUGACGCAAUACUUGGUUGAGGCUGUUUGACUUGAACCACUGGAAAUGGACUUUUCCAUCAUAUUCUAAUUUAUUGAGAUCCACCUGUUUGUAGUGUCAGCCAACGUAGUUGGAAAUGUUCAGUAAAAACAUAAAAAGCUUUUUAUUGUUAUUUUUAAGGCUGUGUAUAUUUUUGCAUAUAAGAAUGUGGCACCUCUCAAGGUUUAAUAAUAUCAAAAAUGUUUUUGUAAUUGAAUAAAUUGUUGGACAAGCAAAUUUAUUUUUUAUUCCUGAAUAAAAUACAUCAUUUCUUCACCAUUA